AUGGAGGGCAGCGCAGAUUCCUCUAGCGCUCACAUGGCCUAUGCCCCCGCACAUGCCGCCGCCGACCAGCAAUCUGAGCCUGCUGGCAGUCCCGGCACCGGCGCUCGCUUGAAUUCCGGAGGGCCCAGACCUGCCGCUACCGACGAUGCGCCAGCUCUGCCAGAGUUGACGCUCCCUCCCAUUGUGGCCCCCUCAUCCUACUUGCGCGCUCAAAGGCCAUCCACCCCGACCGUCAUGGCUUCCGCGCCCGAGAACAAGACUCCGAGUCCCCUCGACCGCGAGCAGCAAGAGGGCCUGGAAGCCAUCCGCGAUUUUCUCAAGGUGCGCACCAGCUACGACGUGCUGCCACUGUCUUUCCGCCUCAUCGUCCUCGACACCGACCUGCUCAUCAAAAAGAGCCUUAAUAUCUUGAUCCAGAAUUCGAUCGUGUCUGCCCCGUUAUGGGACUCGCAGACAUCGCGAUUUGCCGGUCUCUUGACCAGCACCGACUACAUCAAUGUUAUCCAAUACCAUAUACAGUAUCCCGACGAGAUGAGCAAGCUCGAUCAAUUCCGACUCCGCAGUCUGCGUGAUAUCGAAAAAGCAAUCGGCGCCGUCCCAAUCGAGACUCUCUCCGUUCACCCGUCGCGACCGCUGUUCGAAGCAUGCAGGCAGAUGCUCAAAACCCGAGCGCGCAGAAUCCCGCUCGUCGACGUCGACGACGAGACGGGCCGCGAAACACUCAUUUCUGUCAUUACACAAUACCGUAUCCUCAAGUUCAUUGCCGUAAACAAUGCCGACUAUACUGUCAUGCUCAAAAAGACUGUUCGAGAAAUCAACCUCGGAUCAUACAACAAUCUUGUAACGUCUACGAUGAAUGCCACAGUACUUGACGUCAUCUGGCUCAUGGUGGACGGCAAUAUAAGUUGCAUUCCUAUCCUCGACAGCGAAGGCCGAGUUCUCAACGCAUUCGAAGCAGUUGAUGUUAUUCCGUGCAUCAAAGGCGGCGUGUACGAGGAUCUCGGUGGUUCUGUUGGAGAGGCCCUCUGCAAACGCCCAGACGACUCGCCAGGCAUCUACACCUGCAGCGAAGAUGACCGACUCGACGCUAUAUUCGACGCUGUCCGAAAGAGCAGAGUUCACAGGCUAAUCGUGGUUGAUGAUGACAAUAAGCUCAAAGGCGUCAUCUCGCUCUCGGAUAUCCUGAAAUAUGUGCUAUGUGGAGAAGGUGAAGAUGAGGUCAAAAAGCAAUAA